UGUUCUGACUUAUCAGAUACGGCAUUGCACUCUUAUCUAGGUUAUUAGUCUUUUUUAUGUGUACAAAAGUCAGUAAUAAAACAAAGCAUCUAAAGAAAGUUUCCCGCCUCGCUGGGCCUUGUACAUAGCGAUCAUAGCGGUGAAUUUUCCGGAGUAGGAGUUUCAACCUUACCAAGACAAGACAAGAACGAACCAACCACUAUGGGACUCAAUAAAGUAAACUUUCUCCUGCAGGCAAUUUACGGGCUGCUGACACUGGGGUGGGUGUUCGUGCCUGUGUACAUGAGUGCCGGAGUGUACACGAUGCCGGAGUACUUAAGGAUGAGGUACGGAGGUCAUCGCAUCAGAGUCCUCCUGACGUGCAUCUCCCUCUCCCUCUACAUCUUCACCAAAAUUGCUGCCGACCUGUAUGCGGGAGCGCUCUUCAUCCAGCAGGCCAUGAACCACACCUCCCAGGCGUCGCUGUACGUUAGUGUGGCAGUUCUGCUCACCGUGGCCGCCAUCUUUGCAAUCGCCGGGGGCCUCACCACCGUCGUGUACACCGACACGCUGCAGACCUUCCUCAUGGUGAUCGGCGCCCUCAUCCUCUCCGCCAUGACCUUUCAUGCGGUGGGUGGCUAUAGCAACAUGGUGGAGAGUUUCCCUUACGCCCAAGCCAGCGUACAGGCCCUGGACGACCGCCAGCAACCCUGCGGUAAAACAUCCCGUUAUUACAUGAAUUUGCUGCGACCCAUAGACCCUGAAAACAUGGACUACCCAUGGCUGGGCAUGGUCUUCGGCAUGGCCAUCUUGCAAGUGUGGUACUGGUGCACCGACCAGGUAAUAGUGCAGAGGACGCUGGCCAGUAGGAGUAUGCUGCAUGCCAAGGGUGGCACCAUCAUGGCUGCCUACCUCAAAUUUCUGCCUCUCUGGGUUAUGGUGUUUCCGGGAAUGGCUGCGAGAAUCCUUUACCCUGACCGCGUGGCCUGCGCUAGUCCUGACCAGUGCCUGGCUGUCUGUGGCAGCGAGAGGGGCUGUACCAACUCCGCCUACGUGGAGCUGGUGCUUAAUGUUCUGCCAACAGGAUUAAAAGGAAUGAUGUUGGCAGUAAUGAUGGCAGCCCUUAUGUCUUCUCUUACUUCCGUCUUCAAUUCGGCCUCCACCAUCGUUAGCGUCGACAUUUGGCACCUGGUACGAACAGGCGGCCCGGCGUGGAUCCGCGGCUCGCCCUCCGAGCAGGAGAUGAUCAUGGUGGGGCGCGUGUCCGUGGUUCUGCUGGUGGCUGCGUCCGUCGUCUGGAUCCCUGUCAUUCAAAACUCUGGAAACUCCCAACUCUUCGACUAUAUAAACACCAUCGUCAGCAUACUUUGUUCCCCCAUCUGUGCCAUCUACGUCCUCGGCCUCUUCUGCCCAAGAAUCACUGAGAAGGGCGCCUUCUGGGGCCUGGUGACGGGGCUGUUCAUGGGGAUCGUGCGUUUCAUUGCAGAGUUUUACUUCACCGUCCCGCCCUGCGGAUCAGCUGUACCGACUGACGUUCUGGAAUAGACGAGACCCGAGAGUAAGACAAGCAAAGAGACCGCCCACUACCUCAGGCGGCGAUAAGCAGCAGCCUGGUACUGACCCAGAGAGCCUCUUGCAGCAGGCACCGAGCAGCAGGCAAGGCCCCACAGGUGCAUGGUGGAGGCAGCUACUGCUGAGGGUCUGUGGGGGGUCUGGAAGGAAGGAGGCUGCAGGGGCGGCUGAUGGUGACCAAACUGACCCGAGCCCUGAGGAAAAGGCCCAGAAAGCGGCGGACUUCCUUACUGAGCCCCCGAAGUGGAAAAAGUUCGUCAACAUCAACGCUGUAAUCUGCCUCACCCUCAGCACCUUCGUGUAUGGGUUCUACGCCUGACGUACCUGCCUGCAACUUGACUCCUUCAGCAAGGCAAGCUAAGAGGGGGGCGGUUGGCUUCUGUGUGUGUGUGUGUGUGUGUGUGUGUGUGUGUGUGUGUGUUUUAUUUAUAGCAGAGGAGUCAGUUCAAGGGCAUAUAAAAAAGGUGACAAAUGUUAAAAAAAGCCCGAUACUCACUGCUCCUAAAAAGAGUUAAAGGAGUGGCCGAGAGAUAGGUCAAUUUCGGGAGGAGAGGUGUCCUGAUACCCUCCUCUAGAAAGAGUUCAAGUCGUAGGCAGGAGGAAAUACAGAAGAAGGAAGAUUGUUCCAGAGUUUACCAGCGUGAGGGAUGAAAGAGUGAAGAUGCUGGUUGACUCUUGCGUAAGGGAUUUGGACAGUAAAGGGAUGAGCUUGAGUAGAAAGUCCUGUGUGGCGAGGCCACGGGAGGGGGGGAGGCAUGCAGUUAGUAAGUUCGGAAGAGCAGUCAGCAUGAAAAUAUCGAUAGAAGAUAGAAUGAGAGGCAACAUGGUGGCGAAAUUUAAGAGGCAGAAGACUAUUAGUAAGAGGAGGAGAGCUGAUGAGACGAAGAGCCUUAGACUCCACUCUGUCCAAGAGAGCUGUGUGAGUGGAGCCCCCCCACACGUGAGAGGCAUACUCCAUACGAGGGUGGACAAGGCCCCUGUAAAUGGAUAGCAACUGUGCGGGGGAGAAGAACUGGCGGAGAUGGUACAGAACGCCCAGCCUCAAGGAAGCUGAUUUAGUAAGAGAAGAGAUAUGAAGUUUCCAGUUGAAAUUUUGAGUUAAGGAUAGACCGAGGAUGUUUAGUGUUGAAGAAGGUGAUAGCUGAGUGUUGUCAAAGAAUAGGGGAUAGUUGUUUGGAAGAUUGUAUCGAGUGGAUAGGUGGAGAAACUGUGUGUGUGUGUGUGUGUGUGUGUGUGUGUGUGUGUGUGUGUGUGUGUGUGUGAUAACAAAA